UCAGCAUAUGAUCAUAGACAAUCAAUGGUGCUCAUUUAAAUACUGAUCAUUUGUAUGUUUAUAUAGCUGACACCGAUUUAUUCUGCAAUCGAAGUGACUUUGAUUCGUAAUCUAGACACGCUAUAAAUUGGUUUUUAGUAAAUAGAUUUUUAGUGAAUUGUAGCGUACCAUUGUGAGUUGAUAAUACUGGAAAAAAACAAACGAAACUGCCUUAUUAACGUUAAAAGCUUUACAGCGUAUAGAGCUUCGGAAUCGUUUAAGAACUACCAGACAUCAAUCUCAGACAAUAUGUUGAUGUUCACUACAUAUUAUAUGUUGUAGAAGGUGAAGCUUAGAGGGGGCAGAUCGAUUGGGGAUGGCGUCCAGUGACAUCGGAGGCGUAGUUGCCCAAUUCGAGCGAAUGUUGAGGUCGUGUGGGGUAGACAUCAACGAGGGCCGUGCGAUAUCUGUGUCUGUUGACCGACGAGAGUUCCAUAAGAGGCUACGACAGACACUUGUUACGGAGAAGAUCGCCCCUGCUGAGUUAGCUGAUGCAGCUAAAAUUUACUUUUCGAAAGAAGCAAUCCGCUUUGAGAAUGGACUUGCCGCGUGCGAUCCCGCUAUCAGCUCGACUGUUUCUAGCUUGUGGCCUGCCCGACAAAACAGCGUGCUCUGCUUGUUACUUAGUGUGCCACAAAUUCAGCGAGACCUCCUUAAAUUUGUUCUUGAUACACUUUACGAACGCGCGUUAGGUGACGAAAAUUCCGCUUCCGUAACAUAUGGAGUAAUACAGGCUCUAAAGUGGCAAGAUACAAUAAAUGAUCCCGAGGCAUUGAUACAACGAAUCUUCGAGCUUAUCGCCGAUGUACCGGAAGAGCAGCAGCGCCAACUGGUUCGUGCGCUCCCAGAAAUGCUGCGAGAAGAGGGCUCCCACGCGACGGUUGCAGCGCACUUGUGCGAUCUUUACGAGAACCAUUCCGAGUUGUCUGGGGCGGUCCUCGAAGCUCUCGCAGCUCUACGCGUCCCAUCAGAUGUGGUCGUUUCUGUGCGGAAGAGUGUCCUUUCUUCAAUUCCACAACUCGAUGUGGAGCAAUUAUGCCCCGUGCUGGAUUUUGUUCUGCGUAACUUGCCUGAAGCUGACAUACCGGUAUUUGUAAAUCUGCUUCGAUCCAGUGAAGCUAUAGUUCUUGCAUCUCAAGAGCCGGUUGAUUGCAACUCUCACGAGCCAGUUGAUCAUACCACAGCUUCUGCCCAGGCCGAUGCUCUCAUACAAUUUGUGGAUAAGCUGCGAGUGGGUGUAAUGACUCAUCGUGCACUGGGGGAAUGUUGGCUCAAGAUGAUUGAGGUCAACUCUGCGGGUGCAUGUCUGAAACAAAUCGAUGUCGUAUUCCUAUUUGUCUGCUAUAGACAGCUCCACCAGAGGCAUGCCGACGCUACGAUUCGGCAGGCCGUUAAGGAAGCGUGCCUGACGGAAAGUGUGACCUCAACUGUGCUAAAACGUCAUCAAAGUUUACUUAGAAGACAUCUUAACAACAUACUGGAAAUUUGUGAUCUUCUCCUCCGAGGUCCAGUAAUAAGCAUGCAUGAGCUAGCCAGUGCGAUCUACCGUGAAUUGUUCCUCUACUACGAUGUGCACGUACAAACGGAGGUCAUUGUGGCUCUCCUUACGCAUGCUGGAUCAGGGUCACCCGCGGAACUACACAACGCCCUGUCCUGUGUGCAUAUACUGUGCACAAAGCAUGUUAAAAAGACCGCUCCGUUUGGGUUUAUGCUGCAGGUGCUUCUUGAUCAGCUUGGCCGUAUGUCACUUGGCCAAGCUCGUCUUCUCUUCCGUAGCCUUGCGUGGCUUGCCUACGCCGACGCUGAUGCCGAUAUCGGCCUUCGGGAUACCCUUCGGAUAGCAGCACGCAAACAGUUAAUUAAUCCGAAUCUUAAAUAUAAAUGCGUUGGAAUGGUUGCAACCGUGGCUAUGGUAGAAGCGAUGCUCCCAAAACGAAGUGACUCCACGGUUAACGAGAAGCGAUGUAUGAGCGAUGGGCAAACAUGUGUACGACAGGCGUUUGAUUGUGCACGAUUGUUUCCCGCGGCUGCAGCGCUUCUUUGCGACGAACUGUCUCUGGCUGUACCGUCACUCGAACCGCACCUUGUGCGAUGGCUUCACCAAAUUGCGUCCAAAGAGUUCCAAUCGGCCUUUAUCGAUCGACGGAAAGAACACGGAAGUGUCGCGGAUGGUGCAGGCUCUUCCACUUCGGCAAAUCCCUCGAACCUUCAUAACGAUUCUUCUCUCAGAUCGGCGUCCGUUCAGAUGGUCAUCGACAUUGGCCGUCUAAGUUCCGUGCUGGACCGAUCGCAAAAAGUGGGGUUACCCAUUGAAGCCAUGUGUCCUUUGUUUCGACUGUUACGAGCAGCGGAAAUAGAAAUCUUUUCGACCGAUCUUCAAGGUAUAAAUGCAUUGCUUUUCGCGAGGACUCUUCCUGACGAUUUUGAGGACAUAAAUCUCUCCGUGGCGCCUGAUAAAGAACAGCUUCUCAUCUCAUUAUUCCAUACGAUCAACUGGAAUCGCGAGCUUAUCAACAGUGCUUCGGAACUGAUGAGUCGGGACCUUCGAGCGCAGCUGGUGAAGACCAUUCGAAAACAAGUGAAUCUCAUCAACCUUGCCGCCCAAUGGUUGGCACGCUUGCCUGAGUUCGUACCACCGAGGGUGACAUUCGAAGACGGGGUCAGCGCUCAGAGCGUUCACGUGCGAACCGCUGUUAAAGCAAAAGCUGGAAAAGGCCGAAAACGCAAAGCAAAUGAGGAAGAGACUGAUGAUAAUGCGGCAACUAAGAAUUCAGUUCCUGUGGAGUUUGCUUCAUUCCGUCAUUUCCUUCGGAGUCUUAAUCAGAACUUCGUGUAUCUGCUCGAGGAAGACUUUUUGCCGACCGAGCGUGCUUUCCUUCUUCAAGAACUCUGGUCACAGUUGGAUGCAUCCCUGGGGACCGAGGAAUCGCAGCGAGUGUUUCUCUCCCCGGCGGCCUUAAAAAAGGAAAACACAGCAUCUCGACAACCACCGGAAGAAAUGGUUCGAUUUCUGAUCAAUUUCAUACCGCAGCUGAGCAGCCUUCUUGAAGCGCUUGUAGACAAAAUGAAAGUCUCAUCGGGCCAUGUUCACAAUAGCAACGAUCAGGACACAUAUAUGGACAAUAGUGAUUCCGCUCUAAGCUCGGACGAAAUAUUGUGUCUUCGACUGCUGUUCUCGAUUUUCAAUACGCUGCUUUCUUGGAGAGGGUUUAAUGAACCACGGAACGCUAAGGUGCUUCGCCAAGCUCUAAAUAUGAUUGCCCUUCGGGUUGGGUCUACCCAGUUUCGCACCCAAUGUGAUGUCGUUGAAUUUCACAGAAGGGUGUUCGGGUAUUUUGUCGAGUUAGCUACGUCGGUCGCCGAUUUGGAAACGGCAGCCGCGCUUUUGCAAUUACUGCUAACUGUCCUCGAUAAAACGGCUUCGAAUGCAGAUGCUAAUAAGCGUCGUCUUCUGGGUGUCGCCGAAGAGUUUUUACGAAGGGAUUGGCCACGAUCAAACAAGGACAAGAGUGCUCGAAUAGCAAAAUCAGCUCAAACUCUGAUGACAGUCUACAUCGAGGAAACUGACGAUCGUUUAGAAAAAAUCGCGUAUCUUUCUGAAACCGUUUUCCCUGAACUUAGCGGAAAUGCCAGAUCAACCAUCUUUCCGAUUAUUGCCAGGGACACGUUGACCGCCUGCUACAAAACGAUUGCAUCGUAUUUUGUCCGCAGCGUCAAAGCGAUGUGCGGAGCACAAGCAGACGGACAAGACCGGCUAACGCAAUGGCUUCGGAUAGCGAAAACCCUCAGAUUGCUACUGGACGUAGUGAAAAUAUCAGCAACUAACCUCAACGCUUCAUGCGGGCUCAAGACCGCAUGCGAAACGCUGGACGUAUUUAUCAAGUACGGAAUGGCGGUGGCAGAAACCAGCUUCAAGGCUCGCACGGAUGAAGUCCUUUUGCUUGUCAAGACACUUCAGCAGUCUACCAGAGUAAUGCAACAUACAUGUUCACAUUUCAAGACCAAUGCUGCUAAACAAAUAGCUCUCGCAAGACAGGUGCCAACUGCACGGCGCCUUCUCGAGACAUUCAUCUUUAAGAUACAAGCGCUGUUCUCCAAGUUCAAUUGCGCAGACGCGUUGCAGGUGGGUCAGUUGAGAAUGAGAAAUCUCCGAGGUGAGGAGAUUUCAAAUUCGAAGGAGGAAGAUGAUCAGACAGAAGAUAUGGAGGAUGCAGGCGAUGAGGAAAGUUUCGACGACGAUGAUGAUGAUGAUGAGCAAGAACAAGGGGGAGAACUUAACAACCUCGCAAGUCGAUUAAAUACUACGGACGAAAGCGCGGAAUUCUAAUAUAAUAGUUCUCUUUUGUUGCGCACGCAUCUAUGACCGACACAAGGAAGUUACUUCACAAACACCGCGUAUUUAAUAGCCAUACAGAACCAAUAUGCUAUCAUAGAAGGAGAUGUCCGAUACUAUUCAACAUUCAACUUUCCUAUAUGUAAAUAAAAAACCCUCGUAGAAAUUCUGGAAGUUUUCAUUGCCAUUGGAACAAUAACUACAUAGACUGCUACACUAGAUUUAUCAAUGCUCCUAAAUUCGACUAAAUCUUAAAUAAGAAUUGCUGUUUGAAUCUAUCGUGAUCUUGAAACGACACCUACAUAUUAGAAGACUACUACAGAAGGAGAACAUUUCGGCUAAAGCUAUAUUUUAAUUUAUGUUUAGUUGGUUGUACAACGGCAAUGUUCGAUUACAUUGUCACUUCGAAUAUGUAUGAAGC